CGCUGUGAUUGGCUGAUGCUGGAGGUCACAUGACCCGAGUCCGCGGGAAGAUGGCGGAGCAGGCGGGCGCCUCGCCCGAGGACCCCUGGGGGAAGGUGGAUUCUGCAUACAGUGACAGUGGACUGGAUCCCUCACUCUUUGUGGAAAGCACUAGGAAAGGAAGCAUAGUAUCCCGAGCUAACAGCAUUGGCUCCACCAGUGCCUCCUCAGUCCCCAAUACAGAUGAUGAAGACAGCGAUUAUCACCAGGAAGCCUACAAAGAGUCAUACAAGGACCGGCGCAGACGCGCUCACACCCAGGCCGAGCAGAAGAGACGAGAUGCCAUCAAGAAAGGCUACGAUGAUUUGCAGGCCAUUGUUCCCACGUGCCUGCAGCAGGAUUUCUCCAUUGGCUCCCAGAAACUGAGCAAAGCCAUCGUCCUGCAGAAAACCAUUGACUACAUUCAGUUCCUCCAUAAGGAGAAGAAGAAGCAGGAGGAGGAAGUUUCUACACUCAGGAAAGAUGUCACAGCUUUGAAAAUCAUGAAAGUAAACUAUGAGCAGAUUGUGAAAGCUCAUCAGGAUAAUCCAAAUGAGGGGAAAGACCAGGUCUCUGACCAAGUCAAGUUUAAUGUUUUCCAAGGCAUCAUGGAUUCACUGUUCCAGUCCUUUAAUGCCUCCAUCUCGGUAACGAGUUUUCAGGAACUUUCAGCCUGUGUCUUCAGCUGGAUUGAAGAGCACUGUAAGCCCCAGACUCUGCGGGACAUCGUGCUUGGGGUUCUGCAUCAGCUGAAGAAUCAGCUCUAUUGACUCUCUCCCUGCCCUUGCCCCAGCAGCACGGGCCUGCGCUCAUCAUCCACACUGCUGUGGGGUGCCACCCAGCAGGGAGGGAGUUGGGAAACAGACAGACUCCAGGAAGGGCUGAUCUGUUUCCCUUGGGGUUGUUCUUAAAGCUUCUCUCUGGAUUAUUUAUUGUAUUGACCAAAAACCAAAACUGGGCCGUACGUACCUCUCCACAGACCCUGUCGCAGUCUGUAGCACUAGAGGCUGUGUAAGGACUCAGUCAGCAGAGAAGGGAGUUUAGAUGUGAUUAAAUACACUUCUCAUUGCCCCAAAGGAAGGCAAGAGAGGCUCUCGCCCAAACUGGCAUGGCAGUGAACGGACCUCACCGGAGCCCCUGACUCUUUGCAAGAGUGGCAGUAGCUCAGCUGGUGGGAGGGAUCUGCUCUGUAGCAGUCAGACUGUCCUGCUCCCUGUAGGGGGGGAAUGGCAUGGAGUCUAACUACUGCCUGGUCAUCUUAGCACUGCACAUCUUCUGCCUGGUGGGAUGCAUGCCCUGAAAACCAGGGCCUGGGCGUGAGCUGUAGAACAGAUGGAACGCAGGCUGUUUGGUUUCCAGGUAAGCACUUGCUGACAUUGCAGCUACCCAGGCACCUUUCCAUAGAGCAAUGCAGGGUGACCUCCCCCCGCAGCUAGUUGCCACAUUAGGAUUAAAGACUUUGGCUGGGCUAUGAACCCUCCUGCACCAGGCAACAAACUGUCCUCUACAAAAGGGGGUUAGGAAGAAGCUUCCCUUGGCACAGGUUCUCCCAUCACUGCAGGCUUUCUUGCACCUUCCUCUGAAGCAGCUGGUUCUAGUUACUGUCGAGAUGGGUUCUGGACUAGCAAUUCCUGUGUGCCUCAAUCCUGAUUGUCUAGUUCUGCCUAGGGAUGGAAGGCUGCUUCCUUUACUGGUGCAGAAUGACUUUCCAAAAAGCCAUGCAAAGGAAGCUGGUGGCCUGGCCCCUCACUGCCACAAGGAGAAGUACUUAAUCCAUGGCCUCGACCUUCGCUUGAGCCAGCUGCUGACUUGGCCUUUGUGACUCGAGCCAUGUUUCCUAAACAAUUAAACAUGAGUGCAGCUUUCGCUACAGCCUUCUCCAGCUUUAUCAGCACAGAGGCUGAUCUGUCGGGCUUUAUAUGACUUGGCACUUUUUGAUGAAGUCACACUGUGUGGGAAAGUAGAAUAGUGUAGCACAGAGUUGCUGUGAAUUCUAAGUAGACGUCCGCUCUUGUUUAGAAUGAUAGUUUUAUAGCUAAUAAAGCCUUGAUUUUUGUAAUGAAUUGAAAAAAAAAAAUCACACUAACAUGUUACCAGUUUACAUUUUGCAGACAGCUGCUUGUCUGGGACAAUUUAAAUCAGUUACACCCUGUAGCCUUACAGGUCUAUUAACAGCAGAUGGCAGCUGUCUGCUAAAGCAGCAAUGGCAUUUUACUGCUCAAACAAGGUGACACUAUUGGAAUUACCCCAGCAAAGUGACUCUUACAACAGUAUUUGUCAAUUUUCAAUUAUGUUCCUACCACACCUCUAAAAAUCCCAUGUUAAUGGCUGUUGUGCAUUUCUUUCAGUUUGGGUACAGUAGUUUCUUGGUGCUGGUUGUCUGCCUUUCAAACACUGAAGCAGGGGCAUAAUGUUUCCAUUUAAUCAAGGAAAUAUUCUUGUUGGUCUUGGAUUUUAUAAGACAAAGCACUUCUCCAAAGCUUGCAUUGUCGGUCCAAAUGCAGCAUACAGCCCCAUGGAAGUUCAAGAGUGAGUUUGCAGUGACGUGUCUAACUGCUGAAGUGAACUGCACACAACAGGGGAAGCUGCCGCUAGGCCUGUACUCAAGCACAGACAUGUAACUCUUGUAAGAUGUUGCUUUGCUGUAAGGAAAGCACCCUGUUUGCAGAACCGAUAGCCUGUGCUGUUUACUAAUAAGUGGCAUGUGUAUUUCUCAAAGGACAUUGCUUUUUACAGACCUCACUCAGGUGGAAAUGAAAUAUUUUUCUAUCAUGAAAAGUAAUUAUAAUAAAUUUUUGCUAAGCAUUUUAA